UCACGCUCCCGACACGAGGACCCUGAUCAGUUACGUGUCCGUGAGAUGGCUCGGCGCAUCGCUAAUGAGAACUACGAACGUGAAAAGCAGCGUCAGGCCAAUCUUACAGCACUUAGCGCUAUCGGACCUCAACGUAAGCGCAAAUUCGAUAGCUUCGAUGACACUUCUCAUGAUGCUUCGGGCCCUGCUGGUUUGGGUUUCUCAAGCGUCCGAGGCGUCGAUGGUAUUGAGUCGCGUCUUGCCUAUGCUACUGCCGACCAAUUUGCCUCCCCCAGUUCUGGAUUGCUACUUUCAACAUCAGCCUCCGCUUCCUCCAACUUUUCUGGCGGGUCAGAUAAUCAGGAUAAUUUUACUAGUCUAUACCCACUCACAAUAGGUGGUGUCGCCAUCUCAUCUGGUGGAAUGGGCUCUGCAGGCUCAGCAAACAGUUCCAGCGGUAGUGCUGGCCCCUCAACAGGCCUGGCCGACGGAGGUGAUGGCGUUGUUUCAGGAUCCAGUUUCAAUUUGGCCAGCACACUCAGGGUUCGUCGCGCGAACCUGCGUGAUAUGCAGCUUGUCUUUUCCAAGGAUGCCAGAUUGCGUCGUUCGCGAACCUAUUAUAAAACCUUCUGGAGGAUUCCUUGA